AUGGGCGAGUGCACCAGCUCUGAAUUUACUCCCCUUUCUACCUCACCUCGUUUUCCCCUUCUGCAACAAACUUUCCCCCUUUGUUCCGCAUGCCCCCUAAGAGAGGAUUGGAAUCGACCUCCCAAGUCCAUCUUUGGACUCCCACCCGGCAACCCACUCGAAGCCACUUUGCAUAUGACGGAGGAAACCUUGUUAGCUCAAGUUGAUCGUCACUGCCGUCCACCUGAUCAUGAACGCAAGCCUCAGCUGGAGAGUAGGGAUAACGGCUAUUUCUCCCUCGGUCCUGGUUUCAUAACACCAACGCAAGCCCCUCUUCGACGUCUUUCUAAGGACCACCACGACGCGGCCACUCGCAUCCCUUCGUGGAUCGACUCGCGAAGGAGAUUUCGCUAUGGGUCAAUCCAUCUGACGAACUCGCCUCCAUACCUAGUCUCAAAUUUUUGCCAGUGGCCGCAGGCAGAUCUCUCACAUACAUCGAUCGCCUCAUCGGCUGCGCCCACCUUGUGGCUAUUCGGCCAUUCUCCUCUGCCAAAGCUCGCUCAGUGCUCGAAGCUUCUCGGUUACUUCACUCCCGACUAUGUGUCGUUACACACAUGCAUACCACCCAAUGGCCCCAAUCUCUGCCUGGACUCAGCUUUCACACCGCGUAGAUUAUACGUCAUACGUGUCCAUCCGCACGUAACAGUUUAUCGGUAUCCUUUCCAUUCUCUGAAGACCGCGCGCAGGCCAUCGAGAGGAAUACGCCCUACUACGUUCGCUGGCGUCAAUCAUGAGCUGGUGGCUAGUGCCAAGGUACCCCGUUGUCGCACAAGGAUCUGCUCCUUCUCGGUGCCUUCUGCUGCUCCUCCCGCACAGACACCAGCCUCACGUUCAGCUUCGUUUAAACCCGCAGUUCCACAGUAUUUGACUGCAGAACAGGAAAAAGCUGCUUUGAGGCGAUACGAAGAAGCAAAGAGGGCAGUGGACCGUACUCAAGGUGGAUUCAUGAGUGAUGAUGGUCACGGCUCAAGAUCGACCCUAUUCCCUAUGAUUCGCUGUAUCCUUCUGCCCCUGCCGGGUCUUCCUCCCAAAGCUAUUCUGUCGGAAAAGGAGCGUAUGCGACGCGUAUACGAGUCUCAGGAUGCUGCUGCACUUCGCAAUAACGUCAAUAUGGAAUCACCUUUGAACACUGAUUAUGCAGACGCCACUGCGCAAAAAGAAGCUUUGAGACGCAAAUUUGAGGCUCGUGAUGCUCUAUCGCGCGAAAACAGCGCCAAUGUUCAGCCACAAACGCCUCCUUGUUCCAACAGCACUACCGGACAAGUUAGAUCUCCUGCACGAACUCGGAGUGCUAGUUCUACGGGAGGUCCACGGCCAACACCUGUACCACCCACUGCAGGGGGCAGUGGUAGGGUACUUUCGGCCACCGAAGAAAAGGCGAUGCUCAAAGCCAGGUACGAAGCUAUGGAGGCUCCUCAACCGCUGCGUAUGAAUGGAAGCACUCUAAGUCCAUUAAAUGGCCGACAAGCCAAUGCGAGUGUUUCCCCUUCUCCUUCUUCCAGUGUCCCUGGUCGCGUUGGAGAAUCUCCUGCCCCCCCCCUGCGCAAACUCCCCCACCCCUGAUGCCCAGACCUCCCGCGGAAUACAUCCAAGAAACACAGGAGGAACAUGCACGUGUUUCGAGGUUCACUAUAAAUGGAAAGAAUUCGUUUUUUGAUGAACAUGAUCAUCUGAACCAUUCUCCGAACAUGAUCAAUGGGAAAGGAACCGGGCUCCAUCUCCGUUGCCCAGUGCGGCUGCGAAUGACCAGCAGCAGUUCACACCUCUCCUGGCCGGGUACGAGGGAUCCAGUGUUGCCCUCAAGUCUCCUGGGCCCCCACCCCCGCUUCCACCAAAACCUGCUGAGUGAGAGAGAACCACGUUCACCACUACGUUUCCCUCCUCCCCCCUAUAUCCCGUUUUCCAUCUCAACUCAUUUGUCUCUCUGUUCUUGCCGUUUGGCUCCAUACCCUCCCUCGCGCUGAAACUGUUUAUUACACUUUCACCUUGCCCCCUAUUGCCUGUGAUAUUGUUGGUAUCAUUCCCCUUGUUUUCAUUACUACCACCAUCUGUUUUCCAUACAGCCGUAUGUAUGCUACCAUUACUCACAUCUUGGUGAUACGCAGAUUCACCCCAACGCUCGUUUAACCUAUGAUCCCUACUCUCUCUGGCUCAAACUAAUGACGGGAGGAUGGCAAUAACCUAGCAUGGCUUUUUGAGAGCGUUUUAGCUUGGUAUUAGCGUCAUAUUUUCGUUCCAAUCAUUAUCUAAUCUUAUCUCGC